GCGAGGACCGCCAACUUUAGUCGCCCAUCAGCUCGGCCGCCAUAUUGGCUUCGGUAGGAACACAAACGUCCUCUGCACACCGAGAGUUUCCUUCAUGGCAUGGCUGUUGUUGACUCGGGAUACUAUUUGUGGUGCACGAGAAUGACGGAUCUGCUGAACCCAUUAUUGGUUGGAGACACGUCUUCCACAUUUUCGGAUAUUGCCGGAGAAGUGAAGAGCUAGAUGGGCUGAGAUAGGACCAGAACAUGUCAACAUCCGAGGCUCCAGUUCUCUAUCAUCUGGAACCUUGGGACAAGCUCGUCAUAGUAGCGGCAGCACUGGCAGCUCUGUUUACUAUUGGCAUCCUCGUGUUCUGUGUCAUCAGCCCCCUGUGUUGCCUCUACCACGUGUGUCCCUGUAAAGACAAGGAUGAAAAAGAGAAAAGGGACAAGGAGAAAGUUCCUGCUUAUGGCUCAACGACAGGAUCGCAUUCUCCGUACUAUAAACCGGAACAACACAGUCUCUGGCAGCCUCUACAAUCAUUUAAAGACACAGACACUUCCGAUUGGUCAGAUUACAGUUCCCAUGACGUCAUUGAAAUGAAACAGGAUCGUCACAAAGAACAUGUCUUCAAACCGAUUCGCAGUGAGCCCCAGUCCCCGUCUUCCCCAACUACCUUCCUGCUUGAAAAGGCUUCUCUGGUCUUUGGUCUAAUGUAUGACAGAGUCGACGGUAAGCUUACAAUACGAGUCCAGAAGCUUAGCAACUUCUCAAUCACCGAUCCUGAUGGCACCAUGACACCUUACGUCAAAGUCAGGUUAUACCGGGCUCCGCGCAGCAUCUUUACCUUCAGGGGCAAGGCGAGUAGGGAGCAGGAGAUGAACAACCUCGAUGUGGAGUUCCAGACGAAGAUACUACGCAGGUCUACAGACCCAGCUUUCAACGAGAUAUUCAUUGUGCCAAUUGAUGCGAAUGAGAUCCAUUACUACACCCUGAAGAUGCUAGUGUGCGACUUUGACCGCUACACAAGGCAUGUCGUAGUGGGCGAGGUGGUGGUGCCAUUGUCACGGGUGGAGUGGACCACGCAGACGGAGGUGGUGUUUGACGAGCAGCUGCAGCCCCCUGUUGGUGAAAACCUCGGAGAGGUACAGAUUGGGCUGAUGUACUUACCCACAGCAGAGAAAUUGAGUCUCACCAUCAUUAAGGCACAGGGGCUGAAGAUAAUGGACCAGACUAAGGCCUCUACAAACGCCUUCAUGAAAGUGACUUUAAUCUUUGAUGGCCGUCCCAUGAAGAAGACAAAGACGUCGGUACGUCUGAGUGACGUCAGCCCCGUGUUCAACGAGACUAUGACGUUUGACGUACCUCACUAUCAACUUGACAACGUGUACUUCAGCAUCGCCGUCAUCCAUAUUGACAAGGAUGCGGAGAAGCCGUCACGGGCUCUCAUUGGUCGAUUAUAUUUAGGCAUGAACUUUGACUCCGAUGCUCGUGCACAGUGGACCGAAAUGAUUCAGAACUCCAGGAAACAAGUAGCAUGCUGGCACAAGCUACAGAUUUGAUCUUACCUUGACUCGUGUUGUUCAGCAGCUCUAUAUAUACUGAUGUAUCGGGGGCUUUUAUACAGGGAUGGCAUUUUAUUUAUAGUCAGUGAUUAUUCGAUGGGU